CAAUCUUGGUUUAUGCCAGAGAGAGAACGAGCAAGAGAAGAUUUUUAUUUUGUAAGGACCCAGCCUUACUCAAGAAAGGAAGAUGAAACUUCAAGUUAUCUGUGUGCUCUUCGUUUUACUUAGUGCUGCUACCAGAAACCUCUGCGCCUUCACUAUUCAGAGAGAUAUCCAGAAAGACUUGGCCGGUGCGGAUACCUACAAAACAGAAAGCAUGGGACUGCAGGCAUUGCUAGGAAGAUCCAAGCGUCACAUCAGUCACAUUGCUCUCUGCAGAUAUUGCUGGGACUGUUGUGGGAACAAGGGUUUUGGCUACUGUUGCCGGACAUGAAGAGGACCAAGUCCAUGAGAGAUGACAACUCUGCUAUGGAGAUACCCUUCUCCCGUGUAGAAAUGACCACCUCCCCAAAAAUACCUCUUCCCAUUGGUCUCCAGGUCUCCUGACACAUUCUCCUUAUUUAUUAGUUUGACAGUAUGUGGUGUUUUCGUUUUGUGUGAUGUUCUUGUCAGUUCUUGAGAAUUAAACGUAUUUUUAUCUCAUAUGUGCUGUUAUGGAUUUGCGAUUCUCUACCUCUGGAUGAUAUUUUCCUGCCUAAGAUCUGGCCUUCCCAAAAAAAAGGCAAACCACAAAUCACCUGAUUAGCCUGAUCUUAAAGGUUGGAAUGACUCAACAGAAAUGUAUUUAAAGACCCAUACAAUUUCGAAUCAAGCCAUGGAAUCUACUCAGCCAACAAGGAUAUAGGCCCUAUUCAGUGGUGAAA